GUGAAAAUCUAUGAGAAUUUGAAUAAGUAGAGCCCACGAGAGCUCAUCUAAAAUCCCAGUCUCUGGAGCUCAUUUAAUGCUACUGCCACGGACCAAGAAAACUAGGCACUAUUCCAAACCACGAACAUGAAGUUUCCAUUUCCCUUCAAAUCCAACGAAAUAACAUUCAGUGCCAGCGCCGCCGCCGCCGCAUCGUCAUGGCCGUGGCCCAGCUGCGCCACCACCCCGAGAACACUCUCCUUCCGCGCCGACAUAAGCCCAGCCCAUCUCGACCACGACCAAUCGCUUUCUCCCCACCAUCACGCCAAUCCAGAAUCCGCCGUUAUUAGCGGCCUGAGAUCGGACCGGCUCUUCUUCGACCCCGGCGCCACCAGUUCCAUACUGGCGGAAGCAAAAACAGACGACGACGGAGGAGGAGGAGAAUCAGACGGCGUGGUGGCGACAGUGGUGAUGGAUUCGAGGAAUCCGUUUCUCGAUUUUAGGGUUUCGAUGGCGGAAAUGGUGGAGGCUUGCGGGGUAAGAGAUUGGGAGUUUUUGGAGGAGCUGCUGGAAUGGUAUCUCAGAGUUAACGAUGAGACCAACCAUGGCUACAUAGUUGGAGCUUUUGUGGACUUGCUCAUUUCCGCCAUUCAUCAAGAGACCUCUUCUUCUGUGUCUUCUUCUUCUUCUUCAGCUGCAACCAAGCAUUAUUUCGCUUCUCCUCUCUCCUUUUCUUCGUCUUCCACUGAGGAAGAGAUCCUUGUCCACAAAAAUGUAUGAUUUUUUUCAGCUUCACUCUUUAGGAAAUGACAGUUAAUUUGGUUCACGACGACUCCGCUUCUACAUCAUAGCUCGUCUGAGAGAGAGAAGGAGAUAAAUUGUAAUUCUUGGCCGUGGUUGAUGAAGAUGGCAGUUAAAUACUUGAAUUUACUGUCUGAAAAUGAAAAUUAAUUAGUUAACUACAUCAUUUGUUUGCGAAGGUAAUUUUUGGGGUUU